CAGCAGCAGCAAGCACCAGGAGGCACUUAUCAACAGCAAUCCCAUAAUAAUCAUGGCCUCCUCUCCGGGAACAAACGGUGCCCUGACCCUCGACCAACAGCAGCAACACCAUGGUGUCCAUCCCACCAACAACGGGACCUCCCAGGUAGCGCGGCUUCAACAGGACCCAGACGCCAUCGUUCCUGCCUCGGACCCAGACGACGAUAGCACUGACGAGGACGAGGAGUACAACUCUUAUAUUCAGGAACAAGAACAACUUCAGUUCCAAAAACACAACCUAGGCAUGACAAGACAGGCCCAAAACCACUACAGCUCAGAGAUCCAAGAGCACGAAGAAGGCGAUGACCAUGGGGAGGAAGAGUAUUCGGCAUACCACCAAUACCAUCAGCAACAGCAACAGCAGCAGCAGCAGCAGCCCCACCAUCACCAGCACCAACAACUCCAGCAAAUACAGCAGCAGUAUCAACUACAGCAACAACAGCAUCUUCACGCAUACAAAUCUCAGGCCAUGAAUAUCCAGCAACUGCUUCGUCAAGAUCAAACCCCAGAUCAGGACAUGAGUGGUGCGGAUAGUCACGAGGAGGAAGAAUAUUAUCAACAAAAUCCUCAGUACGAUCCACAUCGCCAACAUCAAAUGGACAUCGAUAUGCUUCAUCAACAUGACGACGAUGACGAUGAUUUUGACGACGAUGAGGAUGGGGAAGAGGACCAAAUUGACGAGGAAAUGAUGGACGAGGACGACGAGGAAGGCUCUGAGGCUAUGUCGUUGACAGAGGAGGACAUCAACUUCGAUCUGGUGUACGCCUUCCACACCUUUGUGGCCACUCAAGAGGGCCAGGCCUCUGUUGUCCGGAAUGACUCUCUGAUGCUGCUCGAGGACACGAACGUGUACUGGUGGUUGGUGCGAGUGCUCAAAACGGGAGUCAUCGGCUAUAUUCCUGCCGAGAACAUCGAGACACCAUUCGAACGUCUUGCAAGACUUAAUACCUACCGCAACGUAACCCUUUCAGCGCCCUCUUCCGAAUGGGGAACUUUCGACGAACACAUUCAACCAUUGGAUCCAGCCAUCCUCCAGCAAAGAGCCAUGAAUCGUCGGUCCGUCGUCUUCACAGCCCAAAAUGAAUACUUGGAGGCAAGCGAGACCGAGUGGACUGAAGAAGAAGAUGAGGAAGAGGACUGGUAUGAGGAUGGCGAAGAAGAUGAGGAGGUUGACGAUGAAGAAGAACAAGAGGGCGACGAAGAGCUCCAGGAGCUGGAGGGCGUCGAC